AUUCACCUGAUGAUAUCUUAAACCAGAGCCAGACCUGGUGUUGCUGCUGUUAAACCCUGGUGGGUUUGGAUCACCCUGCAGGGCAGCGUGGGGGUCUCCACCUCCCCAGGAUCUCAGCUCUUUUCUUCCCACCACUCCUGGGUUGGGAAGUGCAGGAGGAGACAGACAGGGGCGGUGUUGUGCCUUGCAGAGGGGUUUCUGUGCACGAAACCAGCCCUGGCUGGCUCCAGGCAGGGGUUUGAUCAUUAACUGGGCACUGGGGAGCAGCCAGGGGUUGUUCUCAUUAAUUAAUUCAUUGCAGCUCUGAGCACAGACAGGCUGGGCUGAGGUGCUGGCAGUGACCUCCACAUCUGCACAGGGUGGAACUGGUGGGAUGGAGCCUCUGCCUGUCCUGGUGCUGCUCCAGGGAGGACAUUCCCCCUCCAGCACCUUUGGCAGAGGAAGGAAGAGGAGUUUCCUUUACAAGCACAGCCCGGAAGAAUUCAACUCUCCUUUAAUUAACUGCAUUCAUUUGACUUUCAAUUUAAACUUAAAAUUAAGCUUUUUAAAUAAACACAACUUUUUAACUUUUUAAACUUUAAUUAAUUUAACUCCCUUCAGCAGUGGAAGGUGCAAGGCAGUGGUACUGCCCCAGGAGAGAAUUCCAUGAUUUUAUGUUUCUCUGAAAUAACACUGAUUAUUCCCAGGGGGUUCCCACCAGCACUUCUAUCCCAUUUUAUUGCCCCACAAAGCCAAUCCUGGUGCUUUGCUGCUCUCAGGGCAAUAAAUGCCCCCAGUUCUGCUGGAGCCCAGCCAAGAGUGGGGAGUUUGUGGCACAGAACACAGCAAUCACUGCAAUCCAAGAUCAAUCACAUCACCAUUAACAGCACACAACUGCUCAGUGGAAAUUCAUCCCCAGCCAGGGAGAUUCCAGGGAUUGUCUCACACAGAAAACAACCUGGCUGACCCCAGGGGGGAAGAUCAAGGCCCUGGACCCCACAGGACUGAGAAAAUCUCUAAAUCUCCCUCUGAGCCCUUCCCACUCCUCACCCAGGUGGAAGAAGUUGAUGGAGUAACCAAAUUGUUUUUUGUCUGCUCAAAAAGGUAAAAAGCCCAGAAGUUUCUCUCCUUAAUUUGGCACAAAGACACCUCACAGGACCUGGGGGACUUCACCUCAGACCUGGGGCUGCCCACUGACAGAGGCCAAGAGGUCCAGCCUAGGUAAUUCACCAGAAAAAGGAGAGAAUGAAGGAAAUAAAUAAUAAAGGAAAUAAUUUUGUGGGUGUUUUAGCAGGAGCAAGGACCUCUUACCCCUAGCCCAGUUUUUCUCUACAAGAGCUUUGAUAUUUUACCUUUUAUUAAACCUUUUUAUGUUUCCAACACCUCCUCAGAAGCCACCCUGCUGCUUUUAUGCCAUUUGAAGUGGCAGAGCUGUCUCAGGUGGGAUGGGCUCCUCUGGGAGCUCAGGAGGAACACCUUCCCCAGGGAAUGCUGUCCUGCAGAUCCUGGGGACACCCAGGUGCUGGAGCCAGCCCAGGGCCUCUCAGAGGUGCCACAGGUGGGAAUUUUUAAUUUUUAAUCCGUCAUUUUUAGUGGAAGGCAAAGCAGCCCCAAGUCCCUGGCAGUGACUGAAAUGCCUCUGGAGCUUUGGAGCUCUCUCUCUCAAUAAAUAAAUAAAUAAAUGACAAAUAAACUCCUCUCAAUCCUUUGGCUGGUGCCAAAGAGGAAUUGUGUUUAUGGAACAAACUGCCCUGAGUUUGUUCUUCACACCCUGUGGCCUGAGCCCACCCUGGUCACAUUUCAGGGCAAAAAUGGAAGCAGAAAUCAGCUUUUGGACCCCAAAACAGGAUCAAAACACAGACAUGGGCUCAGUGCAGGGCCAGUCAAAGCCCAGGUGUCUGAGGAACCUUUCACCAAGUUCUUGCUGGGAAGUUCUGCCUGGAAGUGGCUCACAGCAAACAGCAUUUUGUGACAUCCUGCAUGUUUUAUAUCAAAGCUUUUUGUCUGUAGAGCAGGGGAAUUCCUCUCAAACUCUGCAAUUUCUGCUCCUGGCCUCUUCACCCUUCCCCCCCGCCUUCCAUGGUGUCCCCACAUCCCUAGAUAGCUAAAAAAGAGCAUUUUGGGGUUUUUGGUGACAUCUCUGCCACUCCUCUGAGCAUUUUGUCCAUCUCCACUUUGCUCAGCAAUGCACAUCGAGACCUCAGAGGAUUUUUACUGCACCCAUUUUUAAAUCCACACAUCAGUAUAUGAAAAAAAGAGUUAGGCAUCAAGAGAAAAGCAAAGACUAACUGAGCUGCAAGCUGCAAAAACAACUUUAUUAAACAAAAUCCCAGCUGGAGGUGGAAGAGAAAAUUUCCAGCAGCAGAAGCAUCACAAUCCAAGGUAGCACAGAAAUCAGCAAAAUCCCCUGCCCACGGUGAGGAUUGCCCAGGGAACACUCAGGAGGGCUGGACAUGGUGCUUCUCCUCCUUCUAGCAGCUCUGCUGCCAGAGCCCGUGGCCAGCAGCCUGCACAGCUCCAGGGUUUUGGCAGGAGGCCUUGGAGGCUCCAUCACCCACCAGUGCUUCUACUCCCCCAGCCCAGCCAACAAACACCAGCGGAAAUAUUGGUGCAAGGCAGCAGCCAGCGGGCUCUGCUCCACCAUCGUCUCCAGCAGCUUCACCUCCAGCCACUACCAGGGCAGGGUGGCCCUGAGGGAUGUCCCCCAGGAUGGCACCUUCACGGUGACAAUGACAGGGCUGAGGAGCAGCGACUCGGGCACCUACAGGUGUGGCAUUGGCAGCACCAACCAAGGGCUCCACGCCAGCCUCAACCUGACUGUUCUGGCAGAUGCCACGGUGUCACAGCCAACCCAGCUGAUCCGAGGGCAGCUCCACGGCUCUGUCACAGUCCUGUGCCACUCUGGGGACACCCAAAGUGACCAGAAGAGGUUCUGGUGCAAAGUGGGCAGAAGCAGCUGCGCUCCCAUCGCCAGCUCUGAUGGCUUUGUGGGCAGGAGGUACCAAGGACGCAUCGUUAUCACCCCCCAGGAGAGCUCUGGAGCUUUCAAAGUCCUGGUCAGUGACUUACAGGAGGAGGAUUCGGGGCUGUAUCUGUGUGGGACACAAGGAUUGAAGGGUCAGGACAGCCCACAGGAGGUGCUUCUGCUGGUGGCCACAGCCUCCACCCUUCCCAGGAGACCCAAAUUCCUCAGCGGCACCGUCGGGGGCUCAGUGUCCUUCCAGUGCCACCACGACCCCCAGGGGACCUACGAGAGGAAGUACCUGUGCAGGUGGAGGGCAGGGAGCUGCCAGGUGCUGCUGGACACCGAGGGCUUCGUGCUGGAGUCCCACCGAGGGCGGGCACAGAUGUCCAGCAGCUCCACGGUGCUGCUGGGGCAGCUGAGGGAGGAGGAUGCAGGCUGGUACUGGUGUGGGGCCAGGAGUGGGCACGCUGAGCUCACAGCCCCCCUGAAGCUGCUCAUCCACAAGGAAACCUGCUCCUCAUGGGACCCAGGAACAGCCAGUCCUGAGAGAGCCACAGCACCACGUCCUGCUGCCCACAGCACAGCCAGGCACAGCAGCAGGGCACACAGGAUGGGCACUGUCACCCUGGGCACCAGAAUUGGCACUGUCACCUAUGGCACCAGGAUGGGCAGUGUCCCCAAGGACACCACUAUGGGCACUGUCACCUAUGGCACCAGGAUGGGCAGUGUCCCCAAGGACACCAAGAUGGGCACUGUCACCUAUGGCACCAGGAUGGGCACUGUCACUCACAACACUUCCAUGGGCAGUGUCCCCAAGGACACCAAGAUGGGCACUGUCACCUAUGGCACCAGGAUGGGCAGUGUCCCCAAGGACACCAAGAUGGGCACUGUCACCCAGGACAGCAUGAUGGGCACUGUCACUCACAGCACUUCCAUGGGCAGUGUCCCCAAGGACACCACCAUGGGCACCACGAUGGCCACUGUCACCCUGGGCACCAUCUCCCUGCUGCCCACUGCCACCCCUGGCACCUCUGCAGCCUCCCCAGGUGACACCUUUCAGGAGAGCUCCUCAGGUGAGCCACAGCUGCUCCCAGCUGUGUUAUCAGCUCUGCUUUUGCUGGUUUGCAUCACCGUCAUCAUCCUCACCCUGGCCAAAAUCAAGCUUCAAAAGCAGACAGGAGGAGGAAGAAGCAGCCCAGGGAGCCUGGAGCCGCCUUUGGCCCCUGCUGGGCUGAGCCCUGGAAAGGAGGAAAGGAUGGAGGAGAGCCUGAGCCCAGGAGAGGAGCAGGAAUUCAGGACGGGCUCUGGCAAAUGUAGUUACCCUGUGGAGAAAAAUUACUCUCCAAGGUGUCUGAUGAAGACCUGAGCCAGAACCUUCUGUGAAAGCCCUGGGUACCUGAGCUGGGAAUCUUCUCUGUGGGCAGCCAAGCCCCCAGCACUCCCCUGCCCUCCUCAGAACCCAAAUCCCCUUUGCUGAGAGCUGAACCCCCGCUCUGAACCCCCAAACUGCUCCCUGUUUGGUAGAGGAGAGAAUAAAAAACGCCCUGAAACCAA